AUGAAUCAUUCAACAUCACCUAAUAGGAACUCCAUAUUUGGGUGGGUUAAAAAUUUGAAAAAGGGAAAUUUGUUAUCAAAUGAUAGUAUUAAUGAAAUAUCGGAUUUUUCAGAUGAUUUAAAUGGUGAAGAAGAACCUAAUAAUAUUGAUAAUCAACCAAAUAUGACCUCCAGUGAAUUUUUAAGUAUAAGACCCCUUUUAAAUCAUAAAUCUCGUUCAACAAAUAAUGUUCAUAGAGUUAGAUCUAAUAGUCAAAGUGAUACUGAUAAAGAUAAAAAUAUCAGACAAAAUAGAGAUUCAUUUAUGGUCAAUAAUCCUUUGAUUGAAAAGAAUUCUAAAUAUUUUGGUGUACCUUUAGAACAAGCUAUUAAUCAAGCGUCAGCUAAAAUAUCUAUUUUCCAUGAUAAUACUGAUCAAGUAUUGAAAUAUGGGAAAAUUCCAAUAGUUGUGGCGAAGUGCGGAGUUUAUUUGAAAUCUAACGGUUUAACAGUGGAAGGAAUCUUUAGAAUUGGUGGUUCAUCAAGAAGAGUCAAAGAAUUACAAGUAAUAUUCAAUAAUCCUCCAGAUUUUGGUAAAAAAUUAAAUUGGGAUGGUUAUACUGUUCAUGAUGCUGCUUCAAUUUUAAGAAGAUACCUUAAUUCAUUACCUGAACCGUUAAUUCCUUUAGAGUUAUAUGAGACUUUUAGAGAACCUUUAAGAAGUAGACAAAGAAUUAUAAGUUACAUGAAAUAUAAAGCAACCCAUCCGAAGGGUCCACCAAAAUCGAGUCAAGAACAAUUAGAUACAACAGUGAUACUGAAAGAUCAACCAGUUCCUUCAACUCCAAAGACUGAUAUCCCCAAUGAUACUGUAAGUCCAAGUCCUUUACCUUCACCUACUUUAUCACCUUAUGAUAAAUAUACUAAAAAGGAAGAAGAACUUGAAGAAGCAGAUGAUGAAAAUGAUGAAAUGAAUUUGCAAAAACUGAAAAAAUCAAAAAAUUAUAAAAAAUUAACUAAUGAUGUUCAUGAAGCUAUUGAUGAUUAUAAACAAAUGGUUGAUAAAUUACCCAUUUUAUCCAAACAAUUAUUAUUCUAUAUAUUGGAUUUAUUAGCCAUGGUACAAAAUCAUUCUAGUGAAAAUUUAAUGAGUUCAAGGAAUUUAGCUGCUAUCUUUCAACCUUCAAUAUUAUCUCAUCCAAAUCAUGAUUUAGAUCCUAACGAAUAUGCAUUAUCAUCAUUUGUAGUGGAAUUCUUAAUCCAGUAUGCUUAUAAAUUACUCCCACAACCAAGUAAUUCUCCACCAAAUAACAAUAUCCCAAUAGAGAAAGAAGAUAUUAAGAAGAGACAACAUUCUAAAUCUUUAAGUGCUCAACCUCAUCAUGAAUUUGUUGGUUUUAAUAUGUCAAAACAACCUGUAGUUGAUAAUGAUUAUUUCGAAUCAGAUUUAGAACCAAGUCCAACUGAUAAGAAUCAUGAAUUUGAUUUCAAAUAUAAAAAUGAUACCCAAGAAACCAAUAUUGAAGAUAAAGAUCUUGAUAAAUCUUCAUUUGAACCUCAAGUUGAACCUGAAUCUUUUGAACUCAAAACCAAUGUCCCUGAAGUUCCUCAACCUGUACCCCAAUCGCAAGCCAUACCAGAAAAACCCGACAUCGUCGUUUCUACGCCUUCUUCAUCAUCCAUUCCUAAAGUUUAA